CGACGACGACAGGACACGGGUGAAGUUACCGCAUUAUGCGAGACACUCGGUCAGUAAGCUUCUAACCAACGCGGUCUGUAGCUGGACACUCGAGUUGCCAGAAGUGGCCCCGUACACGCACUACCCUGCGAGGUAUCGGUCUGGGACCGUGGUGACCAGACAGUCCAACUUAGAUCGAAGAUCGCGUUCUCUUCGGUUACUUUCUUCCUUUCGCCGAUCCCCGUUCGGGAAUCGUCUUCGCCGCGUUCGGCCGCGAUCACGCGCCGCGGUAAAAGUGCAUCGGAAGUGAUUCUAGCGACGUUCCGUACCGGUGAUCGAACCUCGACUUGUCCCGUUCCGUUGGAUCACAGCCCCCAGCGCCGUGGAUCGCGCGAUUGCAGAAUGUACGGAUCCACGAUAGGGCGGAUACGAUCCGUGAUAAUCAGGUUGCUGCUGCUACUGGUCACGUGGAAAUGCAACGGACUGCAGUAUCAGCCGAUCGAGGCUUAUGCAAACGGCGAUGACUGCGCCCUGGUCCUCAAUGGACCAGGAAGAAGCACUCCCUACGAUUACACGUACAACCUACUUCGCGGCUCCUUCCCGCCGACCGGCGGAUCGCAGACGUGCAUCACUUACGACGCUGUUAAUCGCGCCUACGUAGAAGCUAGGAAACGCAUCAAUGUCGCGCAACCCAAAGGCAAAACGUGGCGGCCAGAAGACCUAGCAACGGUCGGUGAACUCCUUUUGGAUAUCUCUACGAACCUCGCCAAAACGUAUGGACUUACCAUCGAAGACAUUGAGAAAAGUCUACCCCUGAUCGAUACCUCGAAGACUCUGAUCCGCGAGGUCUGCCCAGCUUAUCUAAGCGAUGUAGAAUGUCGACCAGGAAAAUACCGACGUAACGAUGGUCUCUGCACAAACCUGAGGAACCCAAGCUGGGGUUCAACACUAUCUCCAUUCCAGAGAUUAAUGCCUCCACGGUUCGCGGACGGUUUGACAGCGCCGAGAAUAUCGGUGACCGGCCGAGAUCUGCCACUAUCACGCAUCGUGUCGCGCACCAUGCAUCCCGACGAAGGUUAUCACGAUCAUGCGGGCACGGUUAUGGUGAUCGCCUGGGGACAGUUCAUGGACCACGACUACACGUUGACGGGAACGCCUCUAGAUCCGCUGAAUCGUAACGACCCCGAGGAAUGUUGUCGGCGACCCCCACACUUAAAAAAUCCUUACUGCAACGAAAUCUACAUACCGGAAGACGAUUAUUUCUACAGGCUGUUCAACGUGAAAUGCUUGGACUUCGUUCGCGCGUUCCCCGCCGUCCGACCAGGCUGCCGGCUUGGAUCUCGUGUGGCUUUUAAUCUACUGACGGGAGUGCUGGACGGAAACACUGUUUACGGAGUCACGGAAACGUUCGCAAGGAAACUGCGCACCGGAUAUGGGGGACUGUUGCGUAUGAACCCGGUCUUCUCCGAGUACGGUCUGAAGGAUCUGUUGCCGUUGAAACUGGACAUCCCGGACGAGGGCUGCACGAGACCAAACCGUUCGAUGUACUGCUUCGAAGCAGGUGAGAUACGAGUGAACGAGCAGUUAGUGUUGACAUGCAUGCACACUUUAAUGGCAAGGGAGCACAACAGGAUUGCCAAAUCGCUGAAUCAAAUUAAUCCGCACUGGGACGACGAGACCUUGUUCCAGGAAACUAGACGGAUUGUCAUCGCUCAGAUUCAGCACAUCACGUACAACGAAUUCCUGCCCAUUUUGCUUGGAAAAGAUGUCAUGGAGAAAUUCGGACUUCUUCUUGAGAAAAAUGAAUACUGGGACGGUUACGAUGAAAGUGUAAAUCCGGCAGUGAUUGAUGCGUUCGCGUCUGCGGCGUUUAGAUUUGGUCAUUCCUUGUUACCAACAGCGGUCGAAAGAUGGAGUAAAGCUCACAAAUUUAUAGCUUCCAAGAGGUUAUCAGACUUAAUCAGAAGACCCUACGAUUUGUACCGUGCCGGUGUAUUCGAUGAAUACAUUAUGGGAUUAAUGAACCAAGUUGCUCAAGCUAUGGACGACUCCAUCACGCAAGAAGUUACCAAUCAUUUAUUCAAAAAGGCUGGAGCUAAGUUUGGUUUGGACCUUGUUUCGUUCAAUAUGCAACGUGGUCGUGAAUUUGCAAUUCCGAGUUAUAUGGAAUUCAGAAAAUUCUGCGGCCUUCCUUGGGCGGACACCUUCGAGGAACUCUUCGGCUCCAUGCCAAAUGAGACCAUUAGACGCUACAGCUCCAUCUUCGAACAUCCCGCUGACGUCGAUCUCUGGUCCGGAGGUGUCUCUGAGAGGCCGCUUCCGGGUAGCAUGCUCGGGCCAACCUUCGCCUGUAUAAUUGCCACGCAAUUCAGCUAUUCCCGUCGCGGCGACCGAUUUUGGUAUGAGCUGCCGAACCAGCCAUCGUCCUUCACUCCAGAACAACUGAACGAGAUUCGGAAAAUAAAGCUCGCCCGAGUGAUCUGCGACAACACCGACCUGAUCGACACCAUACAGAUCUACCCUAUGGUCUUGCCCGACCACGAAAUAAACCCUCGAGUUGCCUGUCGAAGCGGGGUUCUGCCCAGCAUGGACCUGACCAAAUGGGCCGAAUAUCCAACGUCGAAUCACGGGCAAUAUAAGUAAAGUAUAGACCGCCUAGACGAACACCACCACGUAGUCAACAACAGUCACGAGCCGAGAAGCACGACCCUUAGGCACCCCUAACUCGAGACACAUUACGGUACUGUAGCAUAGCGAGCCCUAGAUGCGUCUGCACGUUGUAUUUCGUAUCAGCUUAGGGACACACAGCAGGCGGACGUAUAGAUCCCUUAGCGACCUUAAGUAAUUAUAAACCUCGAAUACUUAUUAGGUGCCCCGUAGCCUUUAUUUAUUGAUUACCGUUUAGAUUGCAAUUUAUAUUCACCGAUGAUCGUUCGAAUGUAAAUUGUAAAUCGACUGUAGAUUCCGUUACAUUUUCAUCCUUAUAUCUUUUACAUGUUACGUGUGGCUAACUAAAUAACCAAGAAGCUCCAUUUUAAUAUCGACCAGUUAAUAUCGAAAGUCACCUUCCGUUUGGAAUUUUAUAAUUCUGGCUGCUCGGUAUCGAAUCGUGUUUGAUAACUUGUGGUAUUGAAUAUGUAGAUACAUAACGCGUGUAAUCGAUCCAGAGACAUUAUGUUGUAUUUUUAGCGAUCUAGCAACAUUUAGAAUUGCGUCAUUCUUACCACUUUGUUAAAAUAUUAUUGAACAAUAUAUGCAAAGAAUUAAUGGAACGAUGCUGAUAGCAAUCGAAAAAUACUUGCAGAACAUUGAUAGUUCACGUUACAGAAAUUCCGCGGAAUAAGAUAAAUGUUCUGGCAUCGAUUGCGGAAACUUGAAAUUUUAUGGACGCAAUUGUCAAGACGUGGAUCGUCGAUGAUUUUCAACACGAGCAGCGGUAUCUAUAAAAUUUGAAACGAUUCGAAUUUCUCCGUGUGGAUUUGCUAUAUAGCAACUAUUACGGAAAUAGGAGGGACGAGGUGUAGGUUGCAAUCGUGUCCAUUGCGUAACCAGAAUGCAUUUACAUAAAACAACUUUCCGCGUCGACUGCUUUUAAUAAUCGCUUCGAACGUACAGUGUCGGCCAAAAGUGUGAGGCCAGGUGUGAUAGUCACAAAAAACCUGGGGACACUAUUCUAAGUAUCUAGGAAAAUUCCAGUAAAUUAUGUACAAACAGACUUUUCAUGUUUAUUAAGCGUUUCCAUUUAAUGUGGGCGACAGUGACGUGCAUAGGCGUACGUUAUAUGACCAUAUUUGGAACGAUUACAGAUUCUGAGCGACAAACACAUUCAUCAGCCCAGUGACUAAAAGAGACUAUAAUUAUUUUCCUACUUUUCGUGGAAACGUUGAUUUAAUUGAGUGCUUUAUUAAAUAUACGUUAGAAAUAUCUAUUAAUAUGUCUUAAACAUUUUAUUUAAUACCUUUGAGAAAAGAAUGGUUCAUAACUGAGAACACGUUAAUAGACUUUUUGAUAACAGCAAUCUAAUGCAAUAAUUUAAUCACCCCGAGAAAUCACUCUGUAAUAUAAACUACAUUGGGAAACAAACGAGUUAAGUCGAGAAUUCAGAAGAUCCGCAGUACGAGCAAGUCGAAAUAAAUUUUUCUCAUCGAUAAUGAUUAUUGGCAGGGUCAAUUUCAGUCGCUUUUCAUUAGUAUCUGUAAUCGAAUACAUUUGAGAUAAAAAUGACUGUCAAUUUUGUAAUCAAAAAUAUUUGACAUGCACAAAGAAUCCUUAUUCUAUGACUUUCUACAUUUUAGUUGCUAGUGGGAAGUUCGUCAAAUUCGGGAUCACCUAGAGCCUAGACUAAGCAUGCCAGCAAUAGCACACAAGUAGGAAGUGCAUGAAACAAUGGAACAUACGUGAUACUUUUGGCUGGCAAUGUAUUUUUAGUCGAUACAGUAGAACAGUUUAGUUGCGCCCGUGUCGCGGCGCAGUUGAAACGCUGCGAACGUCCGCAUGGAUUUAACAGGUUGCGAAACGAUCGAUACUCUUGCAUACAGGAUCACUGGUUAUUGCUAGUUAGCGUUAGCUAGUAGAUAGUACAUGUAGGUAAAUAUGUGCCUACUCGAUGGUAGAACGUCGUGCGUUAAAUAUCGAUUACCUGACAAAUACUCGAAUAUUUAUAUCGUCGGACAAACACGUCUUUGCUUGCUCUUCUCGUGUCGAUUCUGUUCUGCGAUUUCCAAUCAGAGAACGGAAGAGAUCUCGACCGUCAGGGAACUAUUAUUUAACCCCCUUAGAUUCGACGAACGCCAGGACACAAUUCGAAUCGAUAGAAUUGAUUUGCAGUCGAUGAACGUGGAAUUUGAUUCGCUGCGCACGGUGGACAAUUUAUAGCAAUUCAUGCCGGUUCAUCCUGUGUAAUAGGUUGUUACAUACGAGAUGUAAAUCGUUUUCAUUGAUUUAUUAAGUAAUUCGAAUGAUCGAACACCUUUCUUUUUUCAUUGCCUUCGCACGGUUUGUAUGGAGAAAUAUCUCAGAUUGUGGAAGUGUUGACACUAAAUCUUCCAGAAAUCGCGUUACACUCUUUUUCGAUCGUUGAUGCUGACGUGCGAAGUUUUUCAUAAUUCUUCGGAUUAAUCGACAUCUGAAAAAUGAUUCUAGUUGCGAGGAUAUUAAAUAAUCAGUUAACGUUUGAUCUGUGUUAUUAAAUUUGACUAUUCAGAUAUCUCAUAUGCGUCAAGCUAUUAUUUUAUAGAAACCCUUGAUAGAAGGAUCUUUUUCUAUCCAGAAUCACUUCUAAUUUAACAUUAUUCUUUUCUUUGGGAAAAUGUUUCUCUGGACGUUGUUACAUACGUCAGAAGCUUAUCCAUCUCUUACAUGCUUUUAUUCAUCGAGUUCUUAAUUUAUUACUCCUAACAGAUAUUAAGAACACGCACACGAUGUACAUAGUAAUAUGUAAUUAAUGAUAAUUCCCUUCACCAAGUUCUCCCUCAAAGCAAGUCUGACGUCUAGUCUUCUCCUCUGUCACAGCAAGCAUCAAAUAAAUUCGCGAAUCUGUGUCUAGCACGAUUUGGAUGUUUAACGAUAAAUAACAAUAAUAUUUUGUUUUGCAAAUCGAUAUUUCCUUCCAAAAGAAUUUAUUGUCUUAAUAUGUUAAGUCUUCAAUUACAAACCUGUGUUUCGGUUGCAAUUUCAAAUGGAACUGUUAUGAUAAAAAAUGAUUUAAGUAACGCUCUGCACUGUUUUUGUCAUCGAAACAGUACUCAAACUACUUUACAAUGAAAAGCAAUAUUUAAUGUUUUCGUUAUUGUGUCACAUAACAUAAUGUUCCUAUUAAUUAUGAAGAAAUACAAUUCGUUGUUCAACGUUAUUCAAAUAUGCAUAUUUUCGGAAUGACGUGCUUUGUUCUGUGUUCCCCAAAAGAAAACAAUACAAUGAUUCGCUCCAUUCACUUCCAGUAAUUGUCGGUAGAGUUUCCGUUUGUACAUGAUACACGCGCUAUCCGUCAUAAUUAUUCGAACGACUUCAAACGGCUUCAAAACGGAGGAGAUUUAAUUGGAUAGUAUAUUACCAAUUAAUAAAACUUGUUUUAUUAAUACAGUGAAUCUGCAGUGAAUGACAAAAUCUAAAGUCAAAGAUGAAACAAUUAUUUCAUUAAGCAAUUAAUUAUGCAAGCAAAGAAAUUACAUGAUUUAUAUUAAUAAAUAGAUUUAAUAAUAUAUUCCGAAUAAAUAGCUUUAAUCUAUAUUCCGAAUGUGAGAAAUGUAAAAAACUUUUUCCAUAAUUUACCCUCACAACGCAAGGUGAUUUCUUGAAGUUUCACUAUGCAAUACAAAUCAUAAAGAACACUAUAAAUUAUAAUUUAGCUUCUUUCCAGCAUCGCGUGUAGGAUGGCCAGUAACUGUUUCUACAACCAGAAGAAGGGAGAUUCAAUGUGGCAAAAUAAGUUGAGAAAAAAAAUAAUAUUUUUUAAUUCAAAUCUUCGUUUUCGAGAAAAAUGAAUUUAAAGAUCCCAGAUUCACGUCGUAGCUUAUACGUGGUAUGAUAAGAAGUAGAACAGAUAGGUGAUAAUCAGACACGCCAGUUGAUUCCUAUUCGAUAUCAUUAUUUUUCAAACUCGUCCUUCUCUCGGAAACGAAACCUUAAAUGACAAAAUUUUUUCUAUAUUAUCGUCUUAUUUUAUGAUGUAGAAUCGCGCUUCUCCCCCUCUCAGUUGUACUAUCAUCUACUGACCACUCAAUAGAAGUUUCUAAUAUAUGUAUGUAUAUCCACGAUAAUAUGAAAAUUUCAAAUGUCUUUUCCUUUCCUUUGGAAAAAAUAUCUUCAAUUUUCAUCUUAUCUUCUAAUUGCUGGAUUGCCCUGCUGAGAAAAAAGAAAACCAGAAUGUGAAGUCAGAUUUGUGAUAAAAAUGUCAAAUACAAUUUUUUAACACUGGAAUCACCAAACCAGUAAAAAUGUUUGACGUCUGAAUCUUUAAAAAAA